UCGAGGCACGAUCUGACCUGACUCUUAUUACAUCGGAUCUAUAUGUACUACAAUCUUGUCGGAUAAUUCUGAUUGAUGACUGUGACAAAGUGAGAGCGCACAUGGAUAUGGCAAGAGAAAUAUCCUCAAGAGAAUAAUUAGUGUUUGCUUAGAUUAGUUCGCACUGGACAAAGAUUUUUUUGAAGCCACAAUGGUCCAAGAGACAGACGACAUGGCCAACCACCACUACACCACAGAGGUGAUGAAACCGGUGGGUGUGGAGGUGUGUGAGGGCUGCGGGCGGAACAUCCAGGACCGUUUCAUAAUGAGAGUGAUCGACACCUCCUGGCAUGAGGACUGCCUGGUGUGUUGCGUGUGUCGAGUCCAGCUCCAGCACUCCUGUUUCGCCAGGGAUAACAAGAUCUACUGCAAACUCGACUAUGACAGACUGUUCUCCGUGAAGUGUGCGGGUUGCGGGGACCGCCUCCUGCCGCACGAACUGGUCAUGCGCGCUCAGUCCCUCGUCUUCCACCUCCACUGCUUCGCCUGCGUGGUCUGUUGCCAGGUCCUGCAGAAGGGGGACCAGUAUGUCCUGCGGGGGCACCAGCUCUUCUGCAGGGCCGACUACGAGAAGGAGAUGUUCCUGCUCCAGCAACACGGGCCGCAGAGUGAGUGGCUGAGUCCCUUGGGAGACGAUUUCAUAGUGGACGACGGGUCUCGACCGCGCGAUGGGAGGCGCGGACCCAAGCGGCCUCGGACCAUCCUCACGUCGGCGCAGCGGAAGCAAUUCAUGGCCUCCUUCAGCGUCUCCCCGAAGCCCUGCAGGAAGGUUCGAGAGCAGCUGGCCAAGGAGACGGGGCUCAGCGUCAGAGUGGUUCAAGUCUGGUUCCAGAACCAGCGGGCCAAGAUGAAGAAACUCCAGCGAAGAGCCAAACAAAGCGAACAAAAUAAUAACGACAAAGAUGAUAAAGACGAAAAGGGAGAGAAUGGCAAGAAGGAUGGCGGAUCAGAAGGGCAGUACGGCGGCCUCACGCCCAUAGACUCCUUGGACUCCCCCUACGCCACGACGCCCAAGAGCUCGGCGGUCCCGUACUCCCCCGAGGGCGAGAGCUUCCCGGCCCACAGCGGCGACUCCUUCUGCGGCUCCGACAUCAGCUUCGAGGAGGGCCGGAUGGACCAGUUCGACGACCAAGGCGAGAUGUCGUCGGGUCCCCCUCCUCCCCCGCAGCAGCCGCAGGCGCCCCCGGACGUGCCCGCCAUGGUGGGGGUCGCGGGGUCCAUGUACCCGCAGAUCAACCCCAUCGACAAGCUGUACCUCAUGCAGAACUCGUACUUCGACCACUGACGGCAGCCCCUCCCUCGCCCUCCCGACGGUCUCAAGCUGGGAGAAGUUCUCGCGAGUUUCAAGGAGAGCGAGGCGCGAGGGGCGGUGAAGACAGAGGUGGCGGAGGGCGUCGUGCCCAGGCCGGUGGGCCUCCCCUCCUGGGAGUUCCCUUUCUGAGCUCCUCGAGGCUCCGACUCAUGGUCCCAGUGAGAAGUGCUACGGUGCGCAGUGCGCGAGUGAACUGAACUUUCGGACAGAGCAACGAGAGAAAAAAAAGAUUGCCGAACUUUCUCUAGGUCAGCGUCAGUAUUUGCGACAUUUCACAGGAAAAAAUAAGUUGCACGCCUUGUGGUUGAAACCCGCAGCAGCAUAGCUCUAUUUACAGAAUUUCUGUGGCUUAAGAUAAACUAUGUGUUGCUGGUAACAGUGAAACCAAACAAACACGCAAACAGGUGCAGACUCAUUCAGCAAAGUUUUCCUUUCUUUUUCUAACCCGCGCCUCACCAUCGCCAUUCGUUAUUCAUCCGCAGCAGCCACGUCGGCCUGAUACAGCCUCCACGGCGUGCCUUGCUUCCACCUCCCCUCUCCUGGCUCCCCUCACUCAAAACUCUCCCCUCGCUUUUCAAAGAGCUACUUCCCGCGCUUCUCCCCUCGCCCAUUUUACUUUCCUCCCGAAAAAUGUCGACGCUCUCUACCUUUCCCCUCUUCAGGCAUCGUUUCACCCCUCGCCUCUCAUAUUCCUUUCCCCUUCACUUUGUAGUUUGUCUCUCUCCUGCCUCAUCUCCUUUCCUUUACUCGCGUCUAUCCUUCCCGUCACCAUCAUCAUCAUCUCUCUCUCUCUCUCUCUCUCUCUCUCUCUCUCUCUCUCUCUCUCUCUCUCUCUCUCUCUCUCUCUCUCUCUCUCUCUCUCUCUCUCCCCUUCGGGCCCCUCGCAAGCAGCACUCGUAUAACAUUCCUUCUCUCAUUCCCUCCCCACAUUCACCCUCCGCCCUCCCAUUAGUCUUUCUCUCCCUCUCUUUCCCCUCUCCCCUUUUCUCUUUCUCUCUACCUUCCCUCCAUGUCCGAGGUAGACGAAGCCCUCUACCGGCGUUCGUAUUCACCCUCCAUGUUGACACACCCAGCCGGCCAUUUUGUGCGCAAGGAGGCGGAAACUGGACUGGCGGGAGUUCGCUCGUCACGUCUACAUCCGGGAACCUUUUUCCAAGUCACGUUCGGAUGUCGACGCCUAAGAGAAUUUUCGUGUUCGGCCGCCGUCUCUCUGCUAUUUUUUAUGACAUUCGACAAUUGUAUUUCGACUUAAGAUUCUUUGUCGAUCUCUCUUUGUCAGUCUCUUCCUGUUUGUCUGUCUGUAUCUCUCUCUGUCUCUGUCUCCCCUAACCCUGUCCUUCUCUUUCUCCCAUUCCUUCUCCC